AUGGACCCGACCAAGGCCCAGACCACGGCCGUCUUCGCCCAUCUCAAAAACCAGAAGGCUAACAAGACCUGCUUCGACUGCGGUGCCAAGAACCCCACCUGGACUUCUGUCACUUUCGCUAUCUAUCUCUGUCUCGACUGCUCCAGUGUUCACCGCAACCUCGGUGUGCACAUCUCUUUCGUCCGUUCUACCAACCUCGACUCCUGGUCUCUCCAGCAGCUCCGAGCACUCAAGGUUGGCGGCAAUGCGUCGUUGAGCGAGUUCUUCACCAAGCGCGGAGGGGGCAACCUUCUUCCUCCUAACAACCACGAUGCGCGCGCCCGUUACACCUCGAACGCUGCUUCGCUGUACAAGGAGGAGCUCCAGCGCCGCAUCGCAGAGGAUGCCAGGCAGUACCCCAACGGUAUCCACAUCGACGGCCUCGACCUUACGCCCAUGGCUACGCAGACCUCGACUCCCGCUGAGAAGGAUGACGACUUCUUCGAGUCGUGGGAUAAGGCCAAGGCCACGCCCUCUCCCCGACCGAGCAAGCCUUCCUCCCCCGCCCCUCCCUCCAUCGGUGCUGGUGCUGCCGCCGCCAAGCCCGCUACUGGACCGCGAACGGUUACCUCCUCGUCCCUCCGAACUGGUGGUGCCAAGCCCGCCGCACGACCCAUGAAGCUCGGAAGCAAGCUUGGAGGCUCCAAGCUCGGAGCCAAGAAGGCUGCUGCCCCCAUCGACUUCGAGGAGGCCCAGCGCAAGGCUCGUGAGGAGGAGGAGCGCAUCAAGCGCCUCGGCUACGACAAGAAGAGGGAAGAGGAGGAGGCCGCGGCCCUGAAGCAGCGUGAGGAGGAGGAGCGUCGCAAGAACCAGGCUGCCGGUAUCAGCAGCUCGCGUUCUGCUACGCCCCUGAGCUCGAGCCGCAAGAAGGUCGAGGACGACAAGCCUGUGCCCAUCAAGCUCGGCUUUGGACAGAUUGCCUCGACGGCGCCUCCCCCGAAGGCGGUUCAGAAGUCGCGUGCCUUCGAGGAGGACGCGGACAGCGACGCGAGCGGAAGCGCGAAGGAGCGAUUCGGAAACCAGAAGUCGAUCUCGUCUGACAUGUACUUCGGACGAGGCAACUACGACCCGAACGCGUCCGCCGAGGCCAAGACGCGCCUGCAGAACUUCCAGGGUGCCACGGCGAUCAGCUCGAACGCCUACUUCGGACGCGAGGAGGAGGACGAGGACGACCUGCACGGCGGCGAGGGCAUGCUUGGCAUCGAGGGCAACGAGACGUACCAGGCGCUCGACCGCAACGUGAGGGAUAUGGCGCAGAAGGUCAUGUCGGACCCGAACGUGCAGCAGAUCACGGACCAGAUCAGGCAAGGCGCGCUCCGUUUCGGCGACUGGAUGGCCAGCCUCGAGUCCAGAUAA